AUGUUGCCAAGGUGCAUGCUCUCAAUACUUAUAAUUGCGCUGGUCCUCAGCGCCGUGGAAUCGCGACGCGGACGAGCGAGAAGUAGAACUAAAUCAAAGGUACAAAUCGGGUUGCCCAUCACCGGCAAGUACAGAGACCCCGAGUCGGACCAGUACUACAACAAUAACGAUGGUGCGAAAAUUGUGCUCGCGUCGCACUUCGAUCUCGAGUACGUUCUGGGACACAAGAUCGCAUUCCUGUGUAUUGCGAAGGGCUCGCCCAGACCACACAUCACUUGGUUCAAGGACGGCGUGGAGAUCUUUGCACAUCACUAUUUGCACAUUCACGAGUGGCCGAUCGGAGAGGACCGCGUGAAGUCGAAGAUCGAGAUAGACCCGGCAACACAGAUGGACGCGGGCGUAUACGAAUGCACAGCAGACAACAUGUACUCUAUCGAUAGGCGCUCCUUCAAAACCGACUUCUCGAUCGCCUUCGACUGA